AUGCCUUUCUACGAGAUCCAACACACCUACCCCCUCACACGCAGCCAAAAGCACCACUUCGCCCAAGCCAUCACGCGGCUCCACUCGACGACGUUCCUGACCCCCUCGCUCUUCGUCAACGUCAGUUUCCACCGCCUGCAGGCAUCAUCCCCACGCCACGCCGCCGCCGCCGCCACAUCAACCGCCAACGAAGAUGUCGAUGUCGACGACGAAGACAACACGUACUUCCUAGCCGGCAACCCCGUGCCGCACAACCACGCGGGCCCGAACCGGUUGCUCGCCAUGGUCCGCACAUCGCCGGCGCGCACCAAGGCCGUCUUCGACGACCUCGCGGCCAAGCUUGAGGCCGAGUGGGACGCCACCGUGCUCGGACCGCCGCCGGGAAAGGGAAAGGAUAACAAGGUCGAAAAGGCGGCGAAAAGGAUGCACUUUAUCGUCUUUUACCCCAUGGUCGCCGCGAGGGAGAAUGGCGUGACCAUUCCGGAUGCCGGCAACGAAUCCUCCUGGCUCCGCGACAACAUGCCCUUCUUCCGCGCGCAGGCGUACGACCACGACGACGACAACUUCCGCGACAUGAUUGACGAGAUCAACCAGCGUCCGGACCUCAAGAAACUACUCGGCGAAUAG